AAAGAAAUUCAGAAAGGGGAAAAAAAAAACCCAGAGCAUAGACCAGUAGCCCUCACCCCUUUUUAGGACAGGAUCCAAUGCCUUUGCCCACCACACUCUCUCUCUCUCUCCUUUUACUCUUCCCAUAGUCUCCUCACUCUUCCAAAACAAUCAAUAAACUAGCAAAAGUCAGCGCCUCCCCCUUAUCUCCUCCUCCGCCCGUUUCCUCCAGCUAGCCCCCAAGAACCCAACCACUCCGCGUCGUCGUCGUCGUCUGCUGUGCUUUUCCCAAAUGGAGGAGGAGCGCUGCUUCAACAACUGGGAUCUGGACGCCGUCGUGCGCCUGGGCUGCCGCCGCCGCCUCUCCCCGCCGGGCCAGCCCGACCCGUUCGCGUCGUUUCUGCCUCCGCCGCCGCCGUCGCCGCCGCACAAGGAGAAGCCCGUGGUGCCAGCGCCGGCCGCCAAGGAGCCAGAGCCAUAUGCGGCGUGGCGCUUCCCUGACCUCGGUGCAGCUGGCGGCGGGCAAGACGGCGACGAGCUCCUCAGGGCCCUGCUAGCCGCCCCCCCGCCUCCCCCGCCUCAGCCUCUGCCAACGCCAACUCCGCUGCCUCCCCCGCCGCCACAGCAGCAACGGCAGCCGGCUGUGGCGGCGGUGGACGUGCCGCUACCCCAGGCGCGUCCCGCUCCGGCGAGGGCGCAGCCGAGCGGACGGCAGGUGCCCGGUGGCGUGCCAAGAUCCAAGAGAAGGAAGAACCAAGUGAAGAAGGUGGUCUGCCAUGUUCCGGCGGACGGCUCGUCGUCGGACGUGUGGGCGUGGCGCAAGUACGGCCAGAAGCCCAUCAAGGGCUCUCCCUACCCAAGGGGAUACUACCGGUGCAGCAGCUCCAAGGGGUGCGCGGCGCGGAAGCAGGUGGAGCGAAGCCGCGCGGACCCCAACACCUUCAUCCUCACCUACACCGGCGAGCACAACCACGCGGCGCCGACCCACCGGAACUCGCUCGCCGGCACCACCCGCCACAAGUUCCCCGCCUCGGCGACGCCUCAGCCGCCGCCGCCGUCCGUCGUGGUGGGCGGCGCCGGCGCCGGAGCCGGAGCCGCCCCCGGCGACGCGCAGCACCAGCACCAGCAGCCGAGCCCGAGCCCGACGUCGACGUCGACCGCGGGGCUCUCGCCCACGACGCCGCUGCGCACGCCGUCCAUGGAGGAGGACGACGAGGAGGAGGAGGACGAGCUGCUGGUGGAGGACAUGGAGAUGGCCGGCGAGGACGAGCUCCUGUUCCUCAACCCCGACGCCGACGCCGGGGCACCCAUGUCCUCGCUCUUCGACGUCGUCGACGAGCCCUUCCUGAGCUCCCCCUGGGUGACAGCCACCAGCAGCGCCGGCGAGCCAGCCACAGGGGCAGCCGGCGCCGGGAGCUGACUUCCUCUUCUUCUUCUUCUUCCAAGAGAGAGACAGUGAUCGAUGUGCCGUCCGUUCUUGUAGAUGAAACAGAAUCAAGGGAAGGGAAUAGACUAUAGAAGAGAUCAUCUGAUGAUCUGCCAUUCUAAUGCAUCCAUCAGCUAGUGUCAUCAUCAUCACCAUGAUACUAGUAGUAGUUCUAGCAUCGGUAGUCAGUCCUGACCAGUACAGAGCUUGAUCCAUCAACCUUCAAGCAGUUCUUCCUCACUGAUCAGAACAGCAACAUCUUUGCAUUUUUGUUCUUUUUUUCUGCUCUUUUUUUAGGUAUGGUUGGGACUUUGUAUCUCUUUACCUUAGGUGCCUGUUUUUUCUUUGCAUUUGUGUAUAGAAAGUGGUAGAUGAUGAACCAACAAAAGGAGUGAGUGAAAAAAAAAACUAAAGGUGUGCUUGGGUGGCUCUUCUUGCAUCUUCCUUUCCCUGCUCAACAACUUUUCUUCCUGCAUGUAGCUAGCUUCUUCCUGUGUAAACUUCAAGAGAGAUGAGAACCCUUUAGUGGCAAUUUUAAUCACUUUCGUUGUUCUCAGGAAUGAAACCUCCAUCUAUCUUUGCCCUUUUGAUGGUUCCUUGCCACUCUCUUGAUGGAUGGAUCUGUUUGUUUUGUUUGUGUGGUGUGUGUGUGGAUGGGGCUCGGUGCUUUGGCAGCCAGCAGGAGUGGAGGAUCGGAAAAGGUCAAGGGGUUUAGUGUUA